CUUGACAAAAUGGAAAAGUCGCAAAGUAAACCAAGUUUGUUCAUGCUCCUAGUUAUUUUGGGCAUUACUCUUGGACAUUUUAAGCCAAUGGACUUAAAUAAGAAAUCCCAUAGCACCGAGGACAAAUACUUCGAAGGUGACAUAGUGCUCCCAGACUGGAAUGCCCGAUCCAACGGUAUCAAUAUCCGUAAUGGCGUGUUGGCCCUGAGUCGUCGCUGGCCAGGAGGCGUUGUGCCCUACGAAAUCAAUGGCACAUUUUUACCCAACCACACGAAAAUAAUCGAAGAUGCUUUUAAGGAGUUCCAUACCAGGACCUGCGUGCGUUUUAAGCCUAGGACCACCGAAAAGGACUACAUUUCGAUUGAAAGUGCCAAUAGUGGAUGUUGGAGCUUCGUCGGACGGUGGGGUGGUCGCCAGGAGGUGAACCUGGAGGUGAGCCUGGAACUCGACUGUCUGUAUAAAGUCGGUGUUCCGAUCCACGAGCUGAUGCACGCAUUGGGCUUCUGGCAUGAACAAUCUCGCCGCGACCGUGAUUUAUAUGUCACACUGAAAAACAAAACCGAAAUUAAUAAUGAUAAUUACGUUACGCUUAAACCCGGCGUUUCGACCGAUUUCGGCGAGAAGUACGACUACGCCAGUGUGAUGCACUACUCGAGCGACGUUUUGAUCGCAUUGAAAGACACUCCCGAUGCCAGCCAGAUGGGUCAACGACGAGGAUUCUCCGCCGGAGAUGUGCGCAAGAUCAACGCCAUGUACAACUGCAAUGCUUGAAGAAAUGAGAACAAUUUGUAAAACAAAAUCGGUGAUUAAUGAAUUUCUUUAUAGACCGACAAAUGCUAUCAGAAUAAAUAUCAAUACAGUAAAAAUAUUA